AGCGAAUUGUUGAUGCUGGGGACAACACAGUCGAAUUCCAGCUCUUUUGACAGCAGCAGCAGCAGCACCACCAGCAGCAGCAGUAGUAGUUCAAAGUUGUUGGGGAAGGUAUCGCGUAUCGCCCGGCCAUCUACUAGGACCUAAAUACUCAUAGCCUCGUCCUGUCACGGGUUGAGGUCCGUUGUUGAGAGCACUCCAAGACACGAACCGAACUGUCCCGGGUCAGCCGAGUUUAGUGUGAAAGUGUGUCCAGGGCCAGUGUUUUGCAAACUGUUUCCAUUCGGUGGUGUGUGUGUGUGUAGUGCAGUGCUGUGAAAAAUUCAAUUUAUCAACCGUCACGCAGUGCCCAGAGCGGCGGCCAUUUCGCGUCUGUUACAAGUUGCCCGAACGCUUGACUCAGUGCUCAGGAAGCGAGAGUUUCCUUUCUUUACAUCACGUAUUCGUCUGUCACCGCGACGCGACGCCAGAGCACCACAACUGGACGUACCGGAACGAAAAAGGAUGCAGCGUGAUAAAUUGAACUGUCACAACACGAAAGCAUGCUUUCGUCGCUUCUUUUGAGCAUUUUGGGGCUUUUUCCCCCUACGAUAGCUCUAGCUUCACUCGAAAGCGACGCAUAAUCCGAUCAAGCGAUUAUGGUCCCAAGGAUAAAGGAAGCUGAAACUUUGUAAUUCACUUUGGAAUGUUUUUGGAUGCCUUCGAGAGCUUCGUUGGUUGUUUGUUCCGGUGGGCAACACAUCCGGAAAUUUGGUAUAGCUGGAACUCGAAUGAAUUGGAGUAAACCUUCUGUUUGUCUUAGAUCCAGCCUGAAAUGGUGAUGGCGAACGACUCAGUAAUUAAUGAAGAACAGCGAGAGCUUCGUUCGGCGGUUGGUGUGCUUCGCUACUUGGUGACGCUCACAAAUGGCACUGACAUUCAAUCGACGCGAGCACGUUCCAGCAGGACAGCGAACGCAUUCAGGUGCCGGCGAUAGCAUCGUCCAUCACAUUCGACCACAUCCGUCUGCACAAUCAUAUCUCGAUGAGCGGUGGCUUCAAGCGGCCUUCGCGCGUGCCACUGCUACGUAGUUAGGUUUAACAAAAAUAGCUUACCACCAGAGGGCGCACGCCCUGGGUCGCACGUUUCGCGUGUACUACUUGCCAUUACGCUACAUAGAUAGUUUAUAGUAACAAAAAACGAUAAGAUAUAUCAAACACGCAGCAGCAUUCAUCUCGAGCAUUGAUGCAGACGCAUUACCGAGCGGUAAAGCAAAAGGAAUCACAUUGUCGUCGGCUUACGGAUAUCCUACCAUUUGCAAGUAUGCUGCGAUCGUACAAACUGUAUCUGAUGCUGCUCGUUAGCUCGAUCUUCUUCAUCGUGUGCCAGAACCAGGGCUCUAUCACGAGCCUCGUCAGCAAUGCGGCGGCCGCAUCGUCCGGAUCCGUUGACGAUUUGCCGGAUGUGGUCGCUGCACCGCUGCAAGGCAACGAUGGUCUGGAGCUGCUGUACGGCGACUCGGAGCCGGCACUUGGAGCAGAGAAGAUCCGUUCGAGGAGCCUCAACUCUAAGGAUAUGCUGCAGAAGCUAAACGAUCGCUCAUCGUCGACUUCGUCCGCCACGAGUACCUCAGCUACGACCACCACGAGCACCACUACGGCAAGGACAACAUCCACAACGACAACAGCGAAAGUGGUACCGACAGCGCCGAGCACAAACGGAAUACUAGCUGGAAGUUCUUCAGAUGUGCUGUAUCGAUUUCCGGUGGACACGAAGCAGCUGCCCCCGCUGUACAUCAUCACCCCGACGUACCGGCGGCCGGAACAGAUCCCGGAGCUUACCCGCCUCGGUUACACGCUGAAACACGUACAGAACGUCCUGUGGAUUGUGGUCGAGGACUCGGAGAACCGAACUGCCAGCGUUACCCGGCUGCUGGAGGAGAUCGGUGUGCCAUUUGUGCAGCUUGCCGCGCCUAUGCCCGCCCAGUAUCGCAAGCAAAAGGUCAAACCACGAGGUGUGUCCAAUCGAAACCGAGCGCUACAGUGGAUCAGGGCGAACGCGACAGAAGGAACCCUAUACUUUGCCGACGAUGACAACACGUACAAUCUGAAGCUAUUCGAACAGCUCCGUCACGUACGCAAGGUGGCCAUGUUUCCGGUGGGUCUAAUCUCUAAGUACCAGGUCAGCUCGCCGGUCGUAAAGAAUGGUACGAUAACGGGCUUCUACGACGGUUGGCUGGGCGGGCGCAAAUAUCCGCUCGAUAUGGCCGGGUUCGCGGUGUCGGUCAAGUUUCUCCACAAACGCCCCAAGGCUCAGAUGCCAUUUAAGCCCGGGUACGAGGAGGACGGUUUCCUGCGCAGCCUGGAGCCGCUCGAGCUGAAGGAAGUGGAGCUGCUAGCAUCGAACUGUACGGAGAUACUGACGUGGCACACGCAGGCAAGGAAAAAUCCUCCCGCACCGGCCCUGGAUCGCAAGAAGUACGGCGGCACGAACCUGGUACAGCUGACCAGCUGGCUCGUGUAGAAAGAGUGGAACACGACCGGACAUUCGCUGAUGGUGCCGCGUUGGCUAAAGAAACUCUCCGUCUGGGUGUUUAGAGGAGAGGGCCCAUAAAGAGUUGCGUUUUUCCGCGUCGUAUAGGAAUCGAAUCUUGGGAAGGCAUGGCCCUUCCUACGCAUGUGAAAUGGCUUUGUUUAUUUGCGAUAUCAAUUUUCCGAUCAAUGUAUUUGAACCCCAUUUCCGCGAUACAGUAACUGGUGCUCAGAGAGACGGCAUUUCGGACGGACGGUAGGUGCGAUUGGUACUUAACAUUUUGGAAGCAACCGUCAUCAGGCUCAGUGGCCAGACUAUUCCAUUAUAGAUGUACAUCAUUCCGCGCAAUGGUUCGCACCAGUUUUACGCGAACCGGACUGACAAGCUCGAACACACCCACAGACAGAAUUGCAGUUUAUUCUUCACUUCAGCAACGAUCGACGAAGCUAUCUUCGCAUAUAAAUAUCAAGAAAUAAAUUACCAUUCUACUGAGAUUAAUGGUAGGUUAGGAUAUGCACCAAAGAAGUGGCCAAAACAGAUUGAUACCUUAAACACAUACCACACAAGCACACAGACAGAAGCAUAAGUUUAAGGAAAAGGAAAGUGAUGUUGUACAUAUUUAUUCUAAUGUUGGCUGUAACCGAGCGAGGGUCAAUGAUGGCCAUUAAAGAGAUCUUCAUCUCCAACAAAUUUACUGUCAGUAAUGUUUUAAAAGCAAAUUUGCGGUUCAAUGCUGUUCACAGCAUGGAAGAUACUGAAUCCUGUUUCCUUCGCUAGAUAUCAUGCAACCGCAGUGAUUGAAAUGCUGUUCUGCAUUUGAUUUUGGUGGUUGGUUCAGUUAAAUUUCAAUAGGCGAUUGAUAUUGCAAACAUCACAAAAAAACCGGCCGAUAACCGUCGUGCUCCGAGCUCCCGUAUUAUCGUUAACAACUCUCGUAUACAUAGUGCGUACAGCUAUUCGAAAAACAAUAUACACUUACAUGCUACAUUCACCUUUCUCACUUAUAAACACUCAAAUCAUGGGACUCGUAAGAAUGCAAACCCCCAACCCCCAAUGUCGCUCCCACAUGCUGGAGAAUAUUAGUCGUCCCCGAAGUUGUGGGGUCUUUUUUAGAUAGUAAAGUUUUUUAACAAAUUUCUAGUGAGUAGGUAACAUUUGUGAACGUACCAGCCGAGUUGGAAUUGGUCACAGCCGAAAGGGGCAGCUGGACGGUAUGUCCAGUCCCUUGACAUACAUACGUUUGUACAUAUAGUGGUAACCGAGGUAUUCGUUUUUACUUCAGCUCUUUAGUUAACGUAGCUAAGUGAUCAGUAUAUUGUUGUAUUCAGGCUCUAUUUUUAAGUGGUAGUUUUUAACGUCCACGUACUAGUCCACCUUUUGAGGGCUGUCCGGUGUCCGGCUGGGCGCACAUGGGGACAGUCAAAUGUAAUGAGGAGCACACCAAUAUACAUUGCACACUUACCGAAAGUACCUUUUCCAACGAUAACAACAACUACAAAAGCAUGAUGCAAAACAAUCGAAGGUGACUCCUCGUGCUCCCCAACUAGAAUACGUUCUCUCCACAACUCUAAACUGGGUGGAUGCGAAGCGUACGCAAAUAAACAAAAUAACAAAAACAAAAAACGGAUGUUCAGGUUCCUUUUUCUCUUGUAAGUUUUAAGCGAGCAUGUUUAACGUACACAAUAUCAAACAUUACUCAAACGUGUAUAACAACCCAAACCAAAAGAGCAUAAACUCUUUCGCGAACGAGCUUCUUCUGAUGUAACACUAGCUGUUUUACUGACUAUCUUAUCAAGUGUACCGUAGGAUAUCUAUCUCAGCGCAUCGUUUCGAGUUAGUCAUGAGCUUUCGUUGCGCGAGCAAUCUUUACGCCUACCAGUUCUCUCGUUCUAUUUGAAGCUUUCCACAAAGCUGGUUCGCUUUCGUUCCCAUAUCUCUCUGUGUGUUUAAUGCAGGCUAAUCUUUGAAUACGUUUGAUCGUUAAUUGCCGUUUUUCCAGCAGUAAACUUCCUCCAACAGAACCGUGUUGGAGCAGCUGGAAAAACGUUUUAUCAAUUGUGAGUGUUAAAUAAACAGUACAUUGGACAGUGAAACGUUCGAAAAGGAAAAAGAACCGCCAUGUAAGGUGUAUUGCGGAAGGUUUGAAAGCAUUAGCAAUAAGAAUCUCGAACCACGAGUGGCAGGACGAGUGUGAGAUGUGAGGGGAGAGAAGAAAAAAAAAACUUGUGAUCAUUAGCUGGGAGGGACAAAAGGAAAAAAAAUGUGAAGAAGAAGCGAAAGCGGAUGUAGGUUAGCCGGGGCUAGGGCGAGCAAAUCAAUCGAGAAGCAUGUAAACAGCCUGGAAACCGCCAGAACAGUCCAGUAAUCAUCCAGAUAAGUGAUAAUCUACUAUUUGAUUCACAGAUGUGAGUUUUCAGGAGGAUUCAUGGGGGCGAAACAAACAAAAUGAAACAAUAAACUUGACUUCUAUCUUACCGAUUUCAGGAA